GCUUCUAGGUGCUGCCGCCGCCGCCACCGCCGCCACCGCCGCCUCGGAGCCCGGGCCUGGGGGGCGGUGGGGCUGCGCAUGGAGCCCCCGCCCCCCGGAGCUGCCAAUACUGCCACUGCGCUACACACAGUUACCCGCAGUCAAGCAGAAGAUGGUUCUCCUCAUCUGUCAUCAGAAGGUCAGUGGUAGCCUGACACUGUGUCUCAGUGCCUAUAUCAUUACCUCAUCUCGUUAUACGAGUAUUUAAUCAUCUCACAUCAUCACAAAGAGGAGGCCUCUCAGCUCUGAGCCGUCUGCCCUCCAGGUACCCCUGGGAUGGCGUGAGCACCCCGCCAGCGAUGGACCCCUCUGUGACGCUGUGGCAGUUUCUGCUGCAGCUGCUGAGAGAGCAGGGAAACGGCCACAUCAUCUCGUGGACCUCACGGGAUGGCGGUGAGUUCAAGCUGGUGGAUGCUGAGGAGGUGGCCCGGCUGUGGGGGCUGCGUAAGAACAAGACCAACAUGAAUUAUGACAAGCUCAGCCGGGCCCUACGUUACUACUAUGACAAGAACAUCAUCCGCAAAGUGAGCGGCCAGAAGUUCGUCUACAAGUUUGUGUCCUACCCUGAAGUCGCGAGGUGCUCCACUGAGGACUGCCCGCCCCAGCCCGAGGUGUCUGUCACCUCUACUGUGGCAAAUGUGGCCCCCACUGCUGUACAUGCUGCCCCCGGAGACACAGCCUCUGGGAAACCAGGCACACCCAAGGGUGCAGGAAUGGCGGGCCCCGGGGGCUUGGCGCGCAGCAGCCGGAAUGAGUACAUGCGCUCGGGCCUCUACUCCACCUUCACCAUCCAGUCCUUGCAGCCACAGCCACAGCCGCCCCCUCAUCCUCGGCCUGCCUCCGUGCUCCCCAACACCGCCCCUUCGGGAGCAGCAGUGCCCCCAUCUGGGAGCAGGAGUACCAGUCCCAGCCCUUUGGAGGCCUGCCUGGAGGCCGAGGAGGCUGGCCUCCCUCUGCAGGUCAUCCUGACCCCACCCGAGGCCCAGAACCCUAAAUCAGAAGAGCUGAAUGUGGAGCCCGGGUCGGGCAGGCCACUGCCCCCAGAAGUGAAAGUGGACGGGCCCAAGGAAGAGUUGGAAGCCGCAGUCGGUGGGGAGGCGGGGUUUGUGCAGGAAGCCGCUAAGGCCGGGCCGGAAGUCCCUCCUGCGGAGGGCGUGCCAGCCCGGCUGCCCGCGGUCGUCAUGGAGACUGCAGCGCCGGUGGGCGGCCUUCCGGCUCCCACUGCUUCCAGCACAGAGAUUGCUCAGCCUCAGAAGGGCCGGAAGCCUCGGGACCUGGAGCUUCCACUCAGCCCCAGCUUGCUGGGUGGGCCAGGACCCGAACGGACUCCAGGAUCGGGAACUGGCUCUGGGCUGCAGGCGCCGGGGCCAGCGCUGACCCCGUCCCUGCUACCUACGCACACAUUGACCCCGGUGCUGCUGACGCCCAGCUCGCUGCCCCCUAGCAUUCACUUCUGGAGCACCCUGAGCCCCAUUGCACCCCGUAGCCCAGCCAAGCUCUCCUUCCAGUUUCCGUCCAGUGGCAGCGCCCAGGUGCACAUCCCUUCCAUCAGCGUGGAUGGCCUCUCAACCCCCGUGGUGCUCUCCCCAGGGCCCCAGAAGCCAUGAUUACCACCACCACCACCACCCCCUUCUGGGGUCACUCCAUCCAUGGCCCUGAACUUCUCUCCAGCCAGCCGUCUCAAGGAGAAACAUAGUUCAGCUGACAGACUUGUGCUCUAGUUGUGGUGGGGUAGGGAUUCUUAGGAAAGAUCUUUUAGUAACCCUUCCACAGGAAACAUACAACUUCUCUCUUCUUGGUCAGUUCCCCAGUGGCCGCCCUUACACGUCUCCUACAGCAGUGGUGGGGACGGUUUAUUUAUUUAUUUUUUGAAGGCCACUGAGAGGAGCUUGGCCCAACCCUUUUGAGGGUUUGGUGAGGACAUCUCCCCCAUCUCCACAUUUUCUCCCAAGAUGAGACAAUCGGGGUCUGGCUUGAGAAGGACCUUUCUUUAUUUAUUUCUCAGCCGGCCCUUGGAAAGCUGAGGGAGCCCUGUCUCCAUUUUGGGGUGUGAGUGGAAAAGGUAGCUUGUUGUUGUUUAUUAUUCCUGGCCACACCCAAUGACCCAGGAAGAAUUUGUGCCAUUCAGCAGUUUGGGAAUCUUGGCCAAGGAAAGACUCACACCCUUGAAGUAGGAAUUUCCAUCACCACCAUCCCCCCCAGAUACCACCUUUUCGGCCGGGGAGGAAUGCCCCUUUUGUUCUCCUCCCCCAAGAAGCCAUUCCUGUGUCUGCCAAACUCCUGGGGUCCUGCCUGUUACCUCCCAAUGGAGGGUUUUUUUGGGGAGUUGGUUCCCGUCUGGGGGACCCCUCCAGCCAGUACUCCAGGUCUCCUUGUCCCCCACCCCUUGCCAUUUUGAUAGUAUAAUCUAUUUUUAAACAGGGCUUUUCAAUAGGGGAGAGGAAAGCAUCUCUUCCUAUAUCUGAGAUGGGGUGGGUGGGAAGGAAGGGAUUGGGGGGGGGAGGGUCUUCCUGCCACCCCCAAGUGUUUAUUUUUGAUACCAAACGUGUACUUUCAGCUCCCUCCCUCCCAGCCCCCCAAUUUCCUGCGGGCGGGUACAAAGGACCCUUUAAGUGUCCCUGGAGUUGGGAGGGAGGAAUGGGGGACAUAAAUCCUGUCCUAUCUGAAUUCCAGGCUGGAGAGGGUGGGUUCACAGGACUCCUGGGCUCACCUCCUGUCAGCACCGGCCCAGCCUGGGCCUGGGGACCUGGGGGUUGGUGAUUUGGGGGACGGUGCUACACCUGUCUCCACUGUUUGUUUUACUUCCCCAAAAAUGGAUCUUUUUUUUUUCUAAGAGUCCCAGAGAAUGGGGAAUUGUUCCUGUAAAUAUAUAUUUUUAAAGGUGA